AGACAAACGCGACGGACGUGGGUUUGUUUUUUCUUAGUAGACCAGCGCUCCUACGAUCCGGAAGGGGAGUUUAAACACGCUUUCUAUAACAUUUCGAAGAGAAUUAUACAGAUCCAAAAAAUGGAAACGGAAAGCAGAACGAGAAAGAGAGUUUACCAGGAAGAAGAGGAGGCCUCCGAUUUUUCCGACGAGGAGAAAUAUGUUCCUUUUGUUCCAGUGAAACAGCGAAAACAGCAAAUGUUACAGAAAUUGCUACGUCUGAGAGGGAAGGGCUUGACUGAGGAGGAGCAGAAGGACAGUGGCAACGAGCAGAGAGAUGAUGAGGAGGCUAUAGGGCCACGCUCCAAUGUCAGCCUGCUUGACCAGCACCAGCACCUCAAGGAGAAGGCAGAGGCACGAAAGGAGUCUGCAAAGGAGAAGCAACUGAAGGAGGAAGAAAAAAUCUUGGAGAGUGUGGCUGAGGGGAGAGCUUUAAUGUCUGUAAAGGAGAUGGCGAAGGGCAUCACAUAUGAUGAUCCAAUAAAAACAAGCUGGAAGGGCCCAAGAUACAUCCUGAGCAUGCCUCCAGCUCGCCAUGACCGUGUCAGAAAGAAGUACCACAUUCUGGUCGAGGGAGAAGGUAUCCCACCACCUAUCAAGAGCUUCAGGGAGAUGAAGUUCCCUGCAGCAAUAUUAAAAGGAUUGAAAAAGAAAGGAAUUGUUCAUCCAACACCUAUUCAAAUUCAGGGGAUUCCAACUAUCCUGUCGGGCAGAGACAUGAUUGGAAUCGCUUUCACCGGCUCGGGAAAGACCCUGGUUUUCACGCUGCCGAUCAUCAUGUUCUGCCUGGAGCAGGAGAAGAGGCUGCCCUUCUUCAAGAGGGAGGGGCCCUAUGGACUCAUCAUUUGCCCCUCUAGAGAGCUGGCGAGACAGACCCAUAGCAUCAUUGAGUACUACUGCAAGCUGCUGGAGGAGGAGGGAGCCCCACAGCUGCGCUGUGCCCUGUGCAUCGGGGGCAUGUCUGUGAAAGAGCAGAUGGAAGUGGUCAAGCAUGGUGUUCACAUGAUGGUGGCCACCCCAGGGCGGUUGAUGGACCUACUGCAGAAGAAGAUGGUAAGCCUGGAUAUCUGCCGCUACCUGGCCCUGGACGAGGCAGACAGAAUGAUUGACAUGGGCUUUGAGGAGGACAUCAGGACCAUCUUCUCCUAUUUCAAGGGCCAGCGGCAGACUCUGUUGUUCAGUGCCACUAUGCCCAAGAAGAUCCAGAACUUUGCCAAAAGCGCAUUGGUGAAGCCCAUCACCAUUAAUGUUGGCCGCGCUGGAGCCGCAAGCUUGGAUGUUAUACAGGAAGUGGAGUAUGUGAAGGAGGAAGCUAAAAUGGUCUACCUACUGGAAUGCUUACAGAAAACUUCACCGCCGGUUCUCAUAUUCGCUGAGAAGAAGGCCGAUGUGGAUGCCAUCCACGAGUACCUCUUGCUCAAGGGUGUGGAAGCAGUGGCUAUCCAUGGAGGAAAAGACCAGGAAGAAAGGACCAAGGCGAUUGAAGCCUUCAAGGAGGGGAAGAAGGAUGUGCUGGUGGCCACUGAUGUUGCUUCCAAGGGUCUGGAUUUCCCAGCCAUCCAACACGUGGUGAAUUAUGACAUGCCUGAGGAGAUUGAGAAUUACGUGCACAGAAUAGGUCGUACAGGCCGAUCUGGGAAGACUGGAAUUGCUACCACUUUCAUCAACAAAUCCUGUGAUGAGUCGGUGCUAAUGGACCUGAAGGCCCUGCUGAUCGAGGCGAAGCAGAAGGUUCCACCUGUGUUACAGGUGCUGCAGACGGGAGACGAGACCAUGCUGGAUAUCGGAGGGGAGAGAGGCUGUACCUUCUGCGGUGGUUUGGGUCAUCGCAUCACUGAUUGUCCCAAACUGGAGGCCAUGCAGACCAAACAAGUCACUAACAUUGGCCGUAAAGAUUACUUGGCGCACAGCUCAAUGGACUUUUAAAUGACCCUGCCGAAAUGCGGAGGAGAGUUUUUUGGCUGUUUUAUUUGAAAAAUAUAAUGUGCAGUGAAUUAUCAAUUCACAAUAAAUUUGGACUUUUAAUUCAUACCUGAAUUGAGAAAUGAAAAUUGAUAUUGACGGUAUGUUCUUAUACUAAACAGAUCUAUAGUCCCUGGUUUUUGUCUCAGUAUUUUGUAUAUUUAUAACAUGGGUGUAAAGGUGUCCUUGGUUUUUUACCACAUAAAUACACUUUUUCUUCUAAGAUGUGUUUUACACAUCUGUAGUUCUGGUUAUUGGUAAGAUGCAUAUAAAUUAAUACUUGUAAUCGUGUGCAAGUUUCAUUUUACAUUCAAGUGAAACAGUUUGCACUUUCCAACAGAAGGAAAUAUGCAUACUCAUCAACACAUUUUUGUAUGUAAGGUGUGAAAAUUAUUUUGGUUUAUUUCAGGCGGUUGUCACCUUUAUGCGUGUAAAAUAUGUGUGAUUUGUGCCGCUGUGUAACGUUAAACUUAAGGUUAAGCUGUAAAUUUAAGCUGCUACAUUGGAAUAAUGUAAAUAAAAGAACAGUAAACCUGA